AUGGCCGGGCUGGACGCGUGGACUGCGGGGAACCGCGCCCUGGUGGCCGCGAGGUACUCGGAUUCCACGUACCUGGAAAGGUUUGUGAGCGGUAUGGUUGCCUCAAGGAUGGCGGCCACCGCAGUCUCCUCAGCUGCGACAGCAACGAAUACCGCUAAGACGCUGAGGGCGGAUGCCAUUGCCGCGCAGGAGCUGUACCCCCGAUAA